UGUCAUUUCAGCACGCCGGAGUCCAUUAACAAAGAGCAUAUGCUUUAAGCGUGACAUGACAUGUCGCGCUAUUGCUCCUUCCUUACCAAGAGGCAUCGCUAGCUAACCUUCAAACCUCUCCUCCGAAAUCAACUCCCUUCCGGCCUUCGUUCGGCAAAACCAGGGAAAAACACAGGAAUUCAAUGGCUGAGACCGUGCCCGCGACGGUGCCGGCGAAGAGGAAGGUGGAGGUGUUGGGUUCGGAGGAGGAAUUGGCGGCGGCCGCCAAGUACGUCGCGGAUCUCUCCGAUAAGUUUGUCCGAGAGAAAGGGCUCUUCACCGUCGUUCUCUCCGGAGGCUAUCUCAUCGACCUCCUCAGGAAACUGGCGGAACCGCCGUAUGUGGAAUCAGUCGAAUGGUCGAAAUGGCAUGUCUUUUGGUUGGACGAGAGGGUGGUUCCUAAGACUCAUCCUGACAGCAACUACAAGCUUGCCUGCGAUGGUUUACUCUCCAAGGUACCGGUUGUUCCUGAAAAUGUUUAUGCCAUUAACGAUACGCUGUCAGCUGAAGGUGCAGCAGAUGAUUAUGAGGCCUGUCUAAGGUACUUAGUCGAGAGCGGUGUAUUAGCUCCAUCAGCUGCUAGCAAGUUCCCGAAGUUUGAUCUGAUGCUGCUCGGCAUGGGACCCGAUGGUCAUGUGGCGUCUCUGUUCCCAGGGCAUCCUCUCCUCGAAGAGAAAGAGAGGUGGGUCACUUUCAUCAAGGACUCGCCGAAACCGCCUCCGCAACGAAUCACUUUCACUUUCCCAGUGAUCAAUUCAUCCGAGUACAUCGCUCUCGUGGUUGCUGGGACUGGCGAAGUGGAUGCCGUGCACACUGCAUUAGGGAACAGUGGGGAUGCUAAAUUACCUGCACAAAUGGUGACACCCGAGGGGGAGUUAACUUGGUUUCUGGACAAGGAUGCGGCUUCUAAACUUUAGAGAUUGGCUUCUUCGUUUUGAUCUGUGUCUGAUGCGGGUAAGUUGCUUGGUUUCAUCAGCAAAGUAGCUUUAUUUAUGUGCUGAUGCAUUCCAAGUAACUUUUUAAUUAGUGUGCAAUUUAACAUCCCUCUUUUGAAUAAGUCUGUACUUUUAAGAUUUGCCCUUGUUGACUCUCGUACGGAUAUGCAUGUCCGAGUGAUGCUAUUUUAGGCCUAUCCUUGCAACUUUCAAUGAAUGGAGAAUGUGCAGGCUGUGAUCAGGCA